CAUGAUGAAUUUUAAGAAUAUCGUUGGAAUUGCUAUAAUACUGCAUGCAGCAGGGAUAUUUUGCUUAAACAAGCAACUAGGUAAGUAAGUUGCUUUAUUCAGAUACCUGCUUAUACCUCAGCUUAUGCGUAUUGCUUCACGUGAGAUCAGUAAAGAAACGGAAUGUUCCUGUCGACAGGUACCCGUCAUUGAUAAACGCAUGCAUAUUUUUUGUUUAAAACAAGGUCUACUUUAGCAAAUGCCUGUCAACAGAGUGUCGUUUCUGUAAGUUUUGAUCGUUUCCUCGAUGCUAGAACGCGAAUAACUAAGUGUCAUUAAGCUUAAAAUCCUUCUUAAAUUUGACGGACCGACAAGAUAAAUUGGGAUCCAUAGUCGUGUUAGAAGGCGCAUAUCCGAAACGUUUUUAAUUCCAACAGGUCGAACGUUCUUCAACAGCUGGUAUAAUGAUUUUACUAUUAUUCCAACAAAAACAUGAGGUAUAUAAAAGAACCGCUACAUUGGGGCAUAAGUGCGGACGGUUGAGUUUAUUGACAAAAUGUAGAAACGCAACACGUGCUAAUUCUCAGGUCUUCGAAAGUAAGGUGUCGAACAAGAAGGCAAACAGCAACAAGAAGCAAUAAUGUGCUUCCGAAAGAAACAAGUUUCUUUAAUAUGGCCCUUCCAUUUGAUUAGACGUUCAUGGACAUAAAUUGAGUCAUUUUAACAAAAUAUAAAAGGAAUCUUCGUUCGACUUAACUGAAAUCGGUAAGAAAUAAAGUAGCUUCUCCAGCCAUAUGAGCACGCUGUCAAUACGACCAGCCCUUUAUCUUUUAAAUCUGGGUUUCUCAAGAGCGUUGCAUCUAUCUGCGAUGCUCACUUAUUACCCCCACGCUCUCCGAAUAUUGAUCACGGUUUUCUUCGAAUAAUUCCAAAAGGUUGUCCGAAAAACUGGAAAAGAUUCGAGAAGUCAUGUUACCUAUCACCAAAGUCAUCCCUCAACUGGCGCGCUGCUGUUUUCAACUGCAGUAAAUAUAAUGCUCACCUGGUCACAGUCUCCAAUGCAAGAGAAAACUCUUUCCUGAUUCGAGAAUUCGUCAUUACGCAACAGCACAGCAGGCAUUUUUGGCUCGGCUUACAUAGAGCACCUUCCGAUCCUUCGAAGUGGUUGUGGGUCGACGCAUCCCCUGUGACAUUCCGGGACUGGUACUCAGGGCAGCCUGACAAUUAUCGCCAAGAAGAGUUUUGUGGAGAGAUGUAUGUUCUUGAAGUUCGCAACGGUGUGGUGAAAUGGAAUGACUUAAACUGUUCCCGGAGUUCAACUUUUAUUUGUGAGAAAGGUGAAGAUGUAAACUUCUCUAUUUAAGUAAUAACCCAUCUCCAUGACAACAGUCGGAAUGAAUACCUACAAGAAAGCUUACCCAGUCGGUUAUCCAACCAAAUCACAGGAUCUGUUUAUUCUUGCACUUUUCAUGGAGCCAGUCACGCAUGUUUAAGGCUGAGUUCAUAUGCAAGACUCUCGCCUUAGACAUUACCAAAUAAAUGAAUACUUAACAAAACAAUAUCUUGAUAACUUUCCAAAGUAAAAGGAAAAUGUUAUUUCCAAAGAGGGUCAACUCCUCUCCUUUUUUUUUCGCAACAGAACUACUCGCUUUGCCUUCGUGUACAGAGGACAACGGUGGCUGUCAACAUUUUUGUUCCUCAUCGAAUGAUCGUAUAGUUUGUACGUGUAAAGAUGGAUUCAUCUCUGAAAAGAAUGGAGCGGUAUGUGUUGGUGAGUGCUCAUGUAGAUAGCCUCGAUCCGUCACUAUCUAAAGUUCUUAAUAAGCCAUAUCUAUAAAGAAGAGUUGGCUCUAAUGAAAUUGUCAUUUGUCUUGCUAUACGCAAUAUUUUAGAUGAUUAUACACCCCUUUCCGUAUUAAGAUCUUCUGUGUAAAAGAGUUCAGAGAGUACACUGUAGGUCUCAGGGAUGUCGGCCUCUAGAACGUUAAAUUUUAAAUUAAUUCGCAUUCCACGAUAAGAACGUUCAGUCUUCUCAGAGCCCUGGAGAGAGAGAGAGAGUAGAAACGAACAGGGACGUGCAUGACCCCGCACGUAGGCGACGUGAGAGUCAAGAAGAGCGUGUUUAUGACAACAGAGGGUAAAGGAAUAUCGCAACUUUCCUCUAGGAACGUUUGCUUUUUUUUCCCAAAAAUCUCUUGCAGAUCCUAAGAUUUAUUGGUCACAAGAAACUCAACACAAAGCCAACAGCUCGUUUAAUGUGGCUUUACUCGUCAUGCAGCUGGUAUCACUUAUUCUUCUCCUUCCAAUGGCGCUGGUUCUAGUGUCGUUCUACAGAAUAGUUUCAAAGCAAAGAAGACGAGCAAACACCCAAUUUCAUUCCGCAGUGGGAAAUUCAUCACUGUCUCAAGAUGAAAGCUUCGGAAACCAGAAUACCCGGCUUACUAACGCAACAUAUGAAAACAGUGGCAUCGGUGAUAAUGUUUAGUUAGUUGAAAGAUUAACACAUCUUGAAUGAUAAUGAAUCUUAAUGAUAUGUUUGUAUGGUUAUCCAAAGCUAUAAGUCACCUCAUACGAUAUUUAGGGAAUAUUUUAGGUGUAUGAUGUAGUUCAAUUCUUUCGAGUUUCAAUUCAUGUGGG